GUUUGUUACAGUGUGUCACCCCAGUAGUAAGGAGAUUACAUGAGGAAGAGGUGUGUUACAGUGUGUCACCCCAGGAGUAAGGGAAUUACAUAAGGAGGGGGUUUGUUACAGUGUGUCACCCCAGUAAUAAGGAGAUUAUAUGAGGAGGAGGUUUGUUACAGUGUGUCACCCCAGUAGUAAGGGAGAUUACAUGAGGAUGAGGUUUGUUAGAGUGUGUCACCCCAGUAGUUAGAAGAAAAAAUGAGGGGGAGGUUUGUUACAGCGUGUCACCCCAGUAGUAAGGAGAUUACAUGGUGAGCAAGUUUGUUACUGUGUGUCACCCCAGUAUUAAGUUAAUAACAUGAAGAUGGGGUUUGUUCCAGUGGGUCACCCCAGAAGAAAUGAGAUUACAUGGGGAGAAGUUUUGUUGCAGUGUGUCACCCCCAGUAGUAAGGAGAUGACAUGAGUAGGAGGUUUGUUACAGUGUGUAAACCCAGUAGUAAGGAGAUUACAUGAUGAGGAGGUUUGUUACAGCGCGUCACCCCAGUAAUAAGUUAAUAACAUGAGGAGGUUUGUUACAGUGUGUCACCCCAGUAGAAAGGAGAUUACAUGAGGAAAAGGUUUGUUACAGUGUGUCACCCCAGUAGUAAGUUAAUAACAUGUGGAGGAGGUUUGUUACAGUGUGUCACCCGAGUAGUAAGAAGAUUACAUGGGGAGGAGGUUUGUUGCAGUGUGUCACCCCAGUAGUAAGUCAAUAACAUGUGGAGGGGGUUUGUCACAGUGUGUCAGCCCAGUAGUAAGAAGAUUACAUAAGGAUGAGGUUUUUUACAGUGUGUCACCCCAUUAGUAAGGAGAUUACAUGAGGAGAAGGUUUGUUGCCGUGUGUCACCCCAGUAGUAAGGAGAUUACAUGAAGAGAAGGUUUGUUACAGUGUGUCACCCCAGUCGUAGCGAGAUUACAUGCGAGGGGGUUUGUUACAGUGUGUCACCCCAGUAGUGAGGAGAUUACAUGAUGAGGAGGUUUGUUACAGUGUGUCACCCCAGUAGUAAGAAGAUUACAUAGGUAGGGGGUUUGUUACAGUGUGUCACCCCAGUUGUAAGUUAAUAAUAUGAGGAUGGGUUUUAUUACAGUGUUUCACCCCAGUAGAAAGCAGAUUACAUGAGGAUGUGGUUUGUUACAGUGUGUCACCACAGUAGUAAGUUAAUAACAUGAGGAUGAGGUUUGUUACAGUGUGUCACCCCAGUAGUAGGGAGAUUAGAUGAUGAGGAGGUUUGUUACAGUGUGUCACCCCAGUAGUUAGGAGAACUAAUGAGGAGGUUUGUUACAGUUUGUCACCCCAACAGUUAGGAGAAUCCAAGAGGAGGAGGUUUAUUACAGAUUGUCACCCCGAUAGAAAGGAGAUUACAUGAUGAGGAGGUUUGUUACAGUGUGUCACCCCAGUAGUAAGUUAAUACCAUGAGGAGGAGGUUUGCUACAGUGUGUAACCCCAGUGGUAAGGGAGAUUACAUGAGGAGGAGUUUUUUUUUUACAGUGUGUCACCAUAGUAGUAAGGAUAUUUCAUGGGGAGAAGGUUUGUUACAGUUUGUCACCCCAACAGUUAGGAGAAUCCAAGAGGAGGAGGUUUAUUACAGAUUGUCACCCCGAUAGAAAGGAGAUUACAUGAUGAGGAGGUUUGUUACAGUGUGUCACCCCAGUAGUAAGUUAAUACCAUGAGGAGGAGGUUUGCUACAGUGUGUCACCCCAGUAGUAAGAAGAUUACAUUAUGAGGAGGUUUGUUACAGUGUGUCACCCCAGUAGUAAGUCAAUAACAUGUGGAGGAGGUUUGUUACAGUGUGUCAGCUAAGUAGUAUGAAGAUUACAUGAUAGACAUGUGCACAUCAAAAAUUUUCGUUUCUUUUCGUUUCUUUUUACACCUAUAUUCAUAUGUUUUCGGUUCGGCAGCCAUUUUCGGAUGACAUUUUCGGACAGAUUCGUUAUUAUCUAAAAUGGCGGUCAAAAUUUUCGAACGCAUUUGUUAUCGGAUUCAUUCGUCAACAGAAACAUUAGUUUUCAUAGGCAUUCGUUAUAAUGGACUUUCAUUAUAGGAUUCAUUAUCAUUUGUUCGGUAUUCUGAUAUAUUCGUCAUCUCUUUUGUUAUCGGGUGCUUUUGUUAUUCGGAUACAUUCGUUAGUUGGCUGCAGUCGUUAUACAUUCGUUAUUCGGAUACAUUCGUUAUUCGGAUACAUUCGUUAUUCUGCUACAUGCGUUAUUCGGCUACAUUCGUUAUUCGGAUACAUUCGUUAUUGCAUAAUGAAUACAUCCGCAAUUUUGUCAAUAAAGUUUAUUGAAAUUACAAAAAAAAUCGAAUUCGUUCCAGCAACUUCCACUUCCACCUGGGCUGAGCUGCAUGCAGUAUUGUGUUGGUUGUUGUGAGCUGUGAUACUGUGAUACUGAGUGAAUAAAAAUGUCUGGAGGAGAGCAUGAAAGUGUGGCUGGGAGAGAGGAAGGUGAGAGUAUGAGAGUGAGUGAGAGUGCAGGUGUCAGUGUGAAUGUUGGUGGAAGAGGAGAGAGGAGAAGGAGGCCACUUUAUCAGGGCGGCAUUAGCAGUGGCACUGCCAGUGGCACCACUAGUAGACAACACGGACUUGGGUGGUCAGUGUCCCCAUCACCAAGUUCGGAAAGUGGAGGGGAGGAGUCGGCACCUGUUGCCAAAAAGAAUCGUGGCCCCAGGUUCACCACAGAUGAAAAUCGAGCUCUGGUGGCGGCUGUCACCAGACAUAAAGCCACACUGUUCACCACCACCGUGGGUAGUGAGGAGAAAUUUGCGGCCUGGAAGCGGGUCAGAGACGCUGUGGUCCAUGUUGGAGCAAAGGACCGAUCAGUCGAAUGUAUCCGCAAAAGGUAUUAUGACUGUAAAGCAACCGUCCUGCGUAAAAUAAAAAAAAAAACAAGGAAUUCAGGAAGUGGGAGCAGGAGUUCCGGAACCAUCUCCUGCCAGAGGGUCGGAGUGAGACAGGCCUUGGUGGUCCUCAUAUGUCGCCUGAAUCCGAGAGUGCUGGCAAUCAACCAGGUCCAUCUGCAGGGAGGAUGGUCCGCCAUCAAAACUUGCCCCAAUCACCUGUCCUGUCCUCAGCACCGGCUGAGAUAGAUGAGGAGGAGGAGGUGUCCCCAGGUGAACAACACCAACCACUCUCCCCA